AUGUUGGACCCAAAUCAGAAAGCCGUCGUCAUCGGAAUCAGCGGAUGUUCCUCGAGCGGCAAGACGACAUUGGCUCGACUUCUCCGCGAUAUCUUUCCCAAUACCUUUAUCCUACACGAAGAUGAUUUCUACAAGCCCGAGUCCGAAAUUCCUAUGAAAGAUGGCCUCACAAACUGGGACUGUCCCGAAGCCCUCUCGAUCCCCGACAUGACGGCGGCCCUCGAGCACAUCCGCGCCACGGGCGAGUUACCAGUUAGUACCAUGAAUCUUACCAGACCCUUUCUUUCCCGGAGACACACCCACGGUAGUAGUACUACUAGUAGUAGUUAUUACCCUCCAUCGUCGUCAUCAGCAGCCAACAAAGCGCCGCCCAAACAAAAAACGGGGCCUGGUAAGACCAUCACCACUGCCAAGUCAAAGUCGCUAAGCAACAGUCCGAAACAGCCCACCCUCGACUCCAAAGAAGACCUCAACUCGGUCGGCCCUUGUCCCAUCACCACGGACUUUAUCAACAAAAUCAAAGCCCGCGUGGCCGACUGGCUGCAACCUUCUUCCCCCGGCCAUCGUGUCCUCCACUUAUCCUCUCAACAACAACAACAACCCCUCAAAAUCUGCAUCAUAGACGGUUUCCUCCUCUACUCCCCGCCUCCCCUCCUCCCUGCCACUUUGCUCUCCCAAAUGGACAUCAAGCUCUUUUUGUUGGUGUCCAAAGCCAAAGCCCUACAGCGCCGCGAAGCAAGAGAUGGGUACGUAACCCUCGAAGGAUUCUGGAAAGACCCGCCGGGCUACGUGGAGAAGAUUGUUUGGCCUGAGUACGUGCGGGCGCAUGAGUGGAUGUUUGAGGGAGGGGAUGUGGAGGGGGGCAAGGUGAAGGCGGAGGAGGUGAGCAAGAGGUUGGGAGUUUUGGUUAACCAGAAGGAAGGUGAAACCAAAAUGGACAGGGACUUUGGGGAGACGUUGGAGUGGGCGGUGGAGAGUAUCAUGAGGGAGUUGGAGAGGUUGGUUUUGGGGCACGAGGAUAAAAAGGAGGAAGGGCAGAAGGAUGGGGAGAAGGAAAAGGAUGAAGAGGCGAUUGCGCUGAAUAGUUUUGCGAUGAAGAAGAAGUGGGCGGCGGCGCAGAGGGAGAGGAAUGCGCGGGAGUUGCUGAUUAAGGAGGCGCAGGAACAGCAACAGCAGCAAAAGGAAUAA